AUGGUAGGAACUGAACCAUCUCACGAACACCACGGCGACCCACCGAAUGCCCAGCAACAUGCAGAUGCGAAGCCGACGGACGUGAAUGAUGAUGGAGAGUGCCUGGAGGAUGCAGGCACUGUCAUUACAUGGAACUACCAAGGAGCAGCGUCUAAGAAUUUCCUUAGAGCUGCUAAGAUGUUGUUAAAAAAACACCACCCGGACAUCUUCUGUCUAAUGGAAACCAAAACCUCUGGUGAUAAUGCGGACACUGUUUGCUGCAAGCUUGGUUUUGAGAAUUGGGCGAGGGUUGAAGCUCUCGGCUUUAGCGGAGGAAUCUGGGUCUUCUGGUCGGAUGCUCUGCAGGUUGAGAUUCUAACCUCCCACCCCCAAUUUGUUCACAUGGCCAUUACGGAACCUUCUGGUAGGAGGUGGAACUUAUCAAUGGUCUAUGGUAGCCCCUCCGGUUACCUCCGUCGGCGUCUCUGGAAUGCGUUAAGUAGAAACAAGAUCCAUGUCAACUACCCCUGGUUAAUUGCAGGUGAUUUUAAUGCUAUAGUGAGCAAUGAGGAAUGCACCAGCACAAGCAGUCCCGGGGCUCACAGAAACAGUGAUUUCAAAGAUUGGAUUUUUGACGAAGCGCUGUUCGACCUUGGGUUCUCAGGGCAGAAGUUCACUUAG